CUAAAUCUCAUACUUGUUGAUCGUCCCGAUCGUGAACCAACAGCAAAGAGAAAGAUGAAGACCUUGGCCACCCUUGACCUCUGUGCUCUGGCAUGUGUGUGCCACUCUAUUGGAGACUCCUCUACCCCCACUGCCUCAAAGCCUGCUAGUGAGAAAAGAGUGGGUGUGUUUGUUAAGAAGGACCUGGCCUCCACUUUGGUGCGACAGAAGAGAACUGGCACUGCCCUUGCAGACUUGUCCCUGACUCAGCUGGAGAGUCUGAGGGAGGUGUGUGAGCUUAACUACUGGUGUGAGAACCUGAUGGACACAGCUGGGAUCAUUGCUGCCUACACCGAAUUCUAUGGACCAAUCCCAUACUAG